AUGGGGCCUAAUAGGGCCAAUGUUCAGUCGGGUUUGCAAGGCAAGCGCAAAUAUGUACCACGGUCCCAGCUCGGAUCAGGAGAACGAACAGACAUUUUAGACAUUCGAAGUAACAUAAAGUCCCAGACUUUAAUUGAACGUCAGCCCUAUUGGGCCCCGACUGUGGUGGUCUAUUGGCUCUUUGAGGCGCGCGCGGAACUCUACUCGCCGUACGCUCGGGUCUGGUUCUGCACGGGCGGUGUGAGUCAAGGGCUAAUUUCAAGAAUCGUUAAAGAAACCCAUGCUGCAGAAGAAGCUGCUACAAAAAUUCAAACCCCAGCAAAGGAGAGGAACGUCAAAAUAAAUUACACAGCACAAAGCGUAAUUUUACGAAAGCUGCUCUACAAUAUGGGUUAA